AUUAUUGACCAAGAAUUCGAUCAGAUUAUGAAGGUCAGAGGUCACUGGGCAGGUCUUGGGUGAUGGCUGGGGUGGGAAUCACAAAGAGGCUGGUCCUCCGACAGGAAGUGAAAUGAUUUUUGAGAUUGCACUAAAACAGAAUUGUGCUUUUUAUUUAUUAGUUAUUUCUCUGGUGUGUAACAUAGUCGUCCACCUGCGGGCCGCCGCUUCAUCUGUCUGUCACCACGACCUUGUGCUUUUUUAAAUCAAUGUCUGUUUUGUUUUGGGGAAAUUGUGAAAAAUGUAGAAACAUUCAAUAAAAUAUUUUACAUGAAAAAAAAAAACCCUCGUUUCUUUAUCUGACGUCAGCGCCCUCUGGCGGUCCAUUUAAGAAAUUCGCGUCUGUCCGUCAUCAGGUGGCGCCUCAGGCCAGUGCAGCUGCGCCGCGAAGAAUUGAAGUGAAACCCGUUUGUCCUGUCCGUGUUCUUACAGACGGCCACGAAGCAGCGGUUUCUGAGGCGCUGGCCUGCGACGCCGUCCUCCGGUCGUGACGUGUGUGCAAAGUUUCUUUUAUUGUGAAGGACUCCACCGGAAGUGAUAUCGACUGGCUCACAACUUCGGGACCCAGACCUGCUGCGGAACAGACCGGUUCUAGCUGCCGUGCCGAACCCGAACGCAAACCGCUGUCCAGGUGAGCUGGCUGGGAACGCACCGAGCAGCGACGGGGUUGUGGCCCCGGGAGCCCGCGGCGGAGGCGCGUGAGUUGAGCUAACCGACGCUAGCGUUAGCAGCGGCCUCUCGCUGGGCCACCGGUGAGCGGACCGGGCUCGCGAGUCUCAGAGGUCCGUUCGAGAUUCCAUGCCGAGUUUGGUGCGUGUCGGCCGGAAGUCGAAAGGUUUCUGUGAGGACUCCUUCGCCAGUUGAUGUGGCCUCCGCGAGCUCCGCUACUGACGCCACUGGACACGGCGACGACGCUCGGCGGUGACGUCACAGCCGGCGGUGUGAUGUAAUGCGACUGCUGCUCGGCCGCGAUGGCGAGCGCCACCCUGCGGUACUUCUGCUACGGGUGCCUGGCGACCUCCGUGACCUGGUCCCUCCUCCUCUUCCUCUACUUCACCAUGGCAACAGAACCGGGUCAGGCCAGGAAACCGGUCCAGCGCCGCCCCCAGUCCACGCCGCCGAGGCUGGUGUCCGGCAUGAGAGGGCCGGAGCUUCCUGCUGAGAUGGGGAUGAUCUUCACCGAGGCCGACCAGGAGCUGCGGGACAGCGGGUACCACCGGCACGCCUUCAACGUUCUGAUCUCCACCCGGCUGGGAGCCCACCGGGAGGUGCCUGACACCCGAGAUGCCCGGUGUCAGGACCUGGUCUAUCCUGCCCACCUGCCGUCGGCCAGCGUGGUCAUCUGCUUCUUCAACGAGGCCUUUUCAGCUCUGGUGCGGACCGUCCACAGUGUCCUGGACCGGACUCCACCGGAGCUGCUGCACCAGGUCAUUCUGGUGGACGACCACAGCGACCUGGGUGAGCUGCAGGAGCCGCUCCAUCGUUACGUCCAGCAGAACUUUUCCUCCAAGGUGAAGCUUGUGAGGAACCAGCGGCGAGAAGGUCUCAUCCGAGGACGAAUGGUGGGAGCGUCGCACGCCACAGCUGAGGUCCUGGUCUUCCUGGACAGCCACUGUGAGGUGAACCGGGUCUGGCUGCAGCCCCUCCUGGCCUCCAUCCAGGCGCAGCCCCGCCGCGUGGUGUGUCCCAUCAUCGACAUCAUCUCGGCGGACACCCUGGCCUACUCCGCCUCCCCUCUGGUCCGGGGAGGCUUCAACUGGGGCCUGCAUUUCAAGUGGGACCCGCUGCCUCCAUCGCAGCUGGCGGGACCGCAGCACGCCACUGCCCCCAUCAGGUCUCCCACCAUGGCCGGCGGCCUCUUCGCCAUGAACAGGAAGUACUUUGAGGAGCUGGGCAGGUACGACGGCGGCAUGGACAUCUGGGGGGGAGAGAACCUGGAGAUCUCCUUCCGGGUGUGGAUGUGCGGCGGCGAGCUCCUCAUCCUGCCCUGCUCCCGGGUGGGACACAUCUUCCGGAAGCGGCGGCCGUACGGCUCCCCAGGGGGCCAGGACACCAUGGCCCACAACUCCCUGCGCCUGGCUCACGUCUGGAUGGACGAGUUCAAGGAGCAGUACCUGUCCCUGCGGCCGGAGCUGAGGGGGCGGAGCUUCGGCGACAUCAGCGAGCGCGUGGCGCUGAGGAAGCGGCUGCGCUGCCGCUCCUUCCGCUGGUACCUGGACAACGUUUACCCUGAGAUGCUGAGUGCCGCCGGCGGCAACAAGCAGCAGCUGCUGGUCCACCGGAGCCUGAGGAGGCCCAAAGUGCUGCAGCGAGGACGGCUGCGGAACCUGGCGACCCGGCUGUGCCUGGUGGCCCAGGGCCGACCCAGCCAGAAGGGCGGCGCCGUUGUCCUGAGAUCCUGCGACCCCCAGGACCCCGAACAGGACUGGGUCUACGAUCAGGACGGGCAGCUGGUCCUGGCCGGGCUCCUGUGCCUGGACGUAUCCGAGGUCCGGACCUUGGACUCGCCGAGGCUGAUGAAGUGUCACGGCUCGGGGGGGUCUCAGCAGUGGAGUCUGGGGACCUCGCCCCGGCUCUACCAGGUGUCGGUGGGCCAGUGCCUCUCUGCGGCGCGGCCGCUGGGACCCAAGGCUCAUGUGGUGGUGUCCAUCUGCGACGCCUCCCUGGAGCAGCAGUGGCGGCUGGAGGCGUGAGGUCAUCGCUCGCCCGCUGCCCGUCGCCUUGGAAACCGCCACGUGCUUUUAACACACAAUAAAAACGAGUGACGACAACGUCAAGCUGCGUUGCAACUUCCUCCCACCAUCAUCUUCCUCACCUCACCAUCAUCUUCCUCGCUUCACUGUCAUCUUCCUCACCUCUCCAUCAUCUUCCUCACCUCACCCUCAUCUUCCUCACCUCACCCUCAUCUUCCUCACCUCACCUUCAUCUUCCUCACCUCACCCUCAUCUUCCUCACCUCACCAUCAUCUUCCUCACCUCUCCAUCAUCUUCCUCACCUCACCAUCAUCUUCCUCCCUGCAUCAUCUUCCUCACCUCACCCUCAUCUUCCUCACCUCACCCCCAUCUUCCUCACCUCACCCUCGUCUUCCUCACCUCUCCAUCAUCUUCCUCAGCUCACCAUCAUCUUCCUCACCUCACCCUCAUCUUCCUCACCUCACCUUCAUCUUCCUCACCUCUCCAUCAUCUUCCUCCCUGCAUCAUCUUCCUCACCUCACCCUCAUCUUCCUCACCUCACCCCCAUCUUCCUCACCUCACCCUCGUCUUCCUCACCUCUCCAUCAUCUUCCUCAGCUCACCAUCAUCUUCCUCACCUCACCCUCAUCUUCCUCACCUCACCUUCAUCUUCCUCACCUCACCAUCAUCUUCCUCGCCUCACCCUCAUCUU